AUGGAGGGCGACGACGCUUCGCACUGGCUCAUUUCUGGAACAAAACCUGCAUCAGAAGCAUACCUAAAUCAUCUUGAACGCACAAACCGUUCAAAAAGCUUCACGCCACUGCCCCGUUCAGUGCGUUCGGAAGGGAACUACGCGGUAGCCACCUCUAUGCGUACACAGUCUCAUCGUCCAGACAGCCCUCUUUCGCCCCAAAUAUUGGAGGAGGAUCCCAAGCCGGUUUUAAAUCAAAUCGUAGGCACAGAUGCACUCGAAUUUGACAAAGGAGCUGCCUUCAUCAACCACUCUGCAGUUCUGGCGGAGAAUGAGUCGAUUGUUGGCUUGUCACCACCCGGGUGGACGGGCGGAUCUCGAAUCUUGCAGUCACACAUCGAUAGGGGUGUAAGGGUCCUUGUGUUGUUGAAAGAUCUGUCGUCCAUACAGAAGUACAUUGACAAAUGGUUCUCGUUUGCGGGAGGCGUAGUGAUCAUCGAACCCAUGGUGAAGAUAUACCUCGAAGGGCUGUGGUCUACGUGGCACAAGAUCCUCGAGUCCUCGAAAGCUGCUGAUCUGCAGGCAAUGUCUGCACAGAUAUGGGAGAAUACCUCAAAGCCACUGUCAAGGUUACUGAAGCGGGACACGACCCCUCGCGAAUUUUGCUCGAGCGUCACUGGUCCAGAUCUCAGAUGGGAAGUGAUUGGUAUCCUGGCAUCUUUGGUAUCGCUUGUCGCGCAGUCCCUAAAAGAUGGCGACCCUGUGUUCUGCUCCCACGACGCCGCCCCAGUUCAUCGAGUUUCUUUAGCUGCGAGUAUGCACAAUGUCUCAGAAGAGUGCACCAAUUUCUGCGAUACUCUCGGUGUGCUCAACGAUUUGUAUUUGUGGCUGUUAUACGAAAACUCUGUCGCAUAUUGCUCGCUACGUACACGAGGGAGUUACGAUAACUGGAAGAAGACCUCAGCACUAGCUGCAGCAUUGCAAUGUGCAAACUUACAUCAAGAAAUCACUGCCGACGAGCACACUCCUUUUUUUAUUGCUGAACUACGCAAACGGUUGUUCAUCUGCGCCUACAACAACGACAAAACCUCGGCUGUUUCUGCUGGGCGACCACCGAAACUUACUAGGCUUUACUGCCGUCUGCAGAUUCCGCUGGAUCUGACAGAUGCUCAGACGAUGUCAGAGGGAGCGGAACUGCAGGCCACGAUUGCAGAGCUGGAUGAGGAAGGUUGGAACCAAGAAGGCGCUGUGCAACGCAGUACUUUUGCGCGAAUCUCUGCGACUAAUGCUCUGAUCACUGAAGAGAUCCUGGAAAUAUCCCUUGGCUAUCUAAUUCCCGAAGAGAUCGUUCGCCGUGCUGCAGACAUUGAGGCUCGGGUACUGAAAUCCUGGGACGACCUACCAGAGUUCCUUCGCAUCGACUUCAGCGACCCCUGGAACUCUCACCGCUCACCGCUAGAGCUUCUGUUUCUUGUUGUCAUUCGACUCGCGAGUUUGGAUCACCAAUUUCUACUACAGCGCACAUUGAGCAAGAAGGUACAUUGCGAUUUGACGAACAUAAAUUUGCAGUUACUGUCCGUCUGUGCCGAGAUCUUCAGGAUGGUAGUCAUGCUGGUGGACAGCAAAGACUACUUCCGGGAUUUCCAAAUCGACUUUGUUCAAAUUCUAGCUGUGCAUGGGAUUCCUGCCGCUGCAGUUCUAGCCAUGGAACUGCUACAUCAAGAACAAAACCCUACGUCUGUUUUGGCGCAGGCAUUUCCGCUGCAUCGCUCUGAUACAAUACAGAGCCUCUCCGUAUUUGUGUCGUGCUUGGGAACGAUCAGGCCAGAUGCCAAUGGAUAUCAGAGCUGCGAUCGAGGGAGGGCAUUCCUGAAGAGGAUACUAGAUCUCAUCUUGGGUCCAGGUCCUGCUUUGUCGAGAAGCGGCCAAGCAGAGGCGGAACAGCUAGCCGAUCCCACCCUUGGAGCACCUCUGUUUGAGCCUGGGGAUGAUGGGGAUUUCAUGCGCUGGCUCGAUGAUGUGACUUGGGAUCAAGAGACCUGGAUCAAUCUCACUUCGUAG